AUGAAACAAUUUCCAGAGAGUUCUAGUGAUGAAGAAGAUGAUGAAGGUCCUAUGGGGAAGAGAUCAGAAUCAAGAACAAAUAACAAACAAGAUACACAGGAAUCAAUACCAAUCUCAUCUAUUAAGUCCAAAGGAAAAGCUCCAAGAUACAAGUUCACUGUGAAGGGCCCUAAGGGAGGAGAAUCUUCCUUUGCAUCUCAAGAAGCACAACAUCAUGUCACUGAAGAGAAUGCAUUAGAGGAACUAGAAAGAGAGAAAGAGGAAGGAGAAAUCCAACAAGAAAAAGAGAUGCAUGAUGUGGAGGAUUCAAUACCACCAAUAGUUGAUAAUGAUGAUGAUGAUGAUGAAAAAGAUGAUGAGGAGUUGACGUAUGCUAUUUCUUAA